AUGGCCUUGACGAAACGGACACGUUUUAUACUUGUACAAAGUACAAGUAAUGCGAAUGUAACUGAUGAUAAUAUGGAACCAUAUCAUGUCAGUAUAUUUCGUCGUGCAGCAUCAAUGCCACCAUUACCCAAGUUAACAUCGUCAAAGAGAAUACAAUCUCAUGAACGCGAACAACAACAAUCUACUGCAAUUUCAAAACAUCAACGACGUGAAAAAAAAGAUGAAACAGUAACAAAUAAAUUUUAUAAACUAAAUAUUCACACAAUGAAAAAGAAAUCCGCACGAAUCAGUAUGCGUUUAUCGAGCGCAUUCGGUUUAUCAGCACAUACAAUUGAUGAACAAUUUAAUUUUCAUGAACAACGUUUUCGGAAUAUUGAAAAAUUUUCAAAAUUAUUUCUUCGAAACACUUACACAUGUAUUGAAGCACUUAGGGAAAGUUUAAUAACUCAAGUUGAUAUUGCUGAAGAUUUCGAAGAAUUACUAAUGGAUAAAGUGCCUGAUUUACCUCAGCAGUUUCUUCGAUCGAAACGUCUAUUACUUGAAAAUUCUUUUACAGACUUUUGCAAUCAUAUUGAAUUAUAUGUUAUUCAAUCAAUCAAUAGUUUAACAAAAUUAUUUAUCAAACCAACAAAUCUUAUCUCUAAAAGACAUAAAAAAUUAUUGGAUUACGAUAGCGCUCAAUCAGCUUAUGAAAAAGUUAAAGAUCAACAAUUAAGACAAGUCAGACACGCACUCGAUUCUUCGAAACAAUCAUAUGAAAUAUUAAAUAAUCGAUUAAUAGAAGAACUGCCAGUUUUAUACGAGUAUAGCUGUCAAAUAUUAUCAAUAUGCCUAAAAGAAUAUAUUCGAGCAUAUUUAUGUUUAAUGCAACAGAUGCGAAUAAAUACUCAAAGUAUACUUAACCAGGUACUCUUAUCUGGUAACGUUCAACAAUUAAAUUGGCAAGAAAUUCUUGAACGAUUUAACGAAAAGAAUAAUACAACUUCGGAAGAAUUAUUUCAAUUAACGAUAACAGCAAAGAACUUUUCUGAAAGAAUAAAAAAUCUAUCCAAAACACAAUUAACUUCAAUUAAAAAUAAUUUUUAUAAUUAUGAUAAAGAUACAUAUUUACAAACAGAUGAAGUUCGAAAUCUAUUGAAACAUAACUUUCCCGAACAAAAUUUAUUUAUCGUUAUUCAAAAUUAUACGGGUAGUUCGUCAAUCAACCAAUCGAUAAAGUCAAGAGAAAAAAUAAUUGUUCGAAAUGGCGAUAUUGUUGUCGUUAUUAGCCAACAUGAAAGGAAUCCUACUAAUUCCAACUGGCUUGUUGAUAAUGGAAUGACCAGAGGUUAUCUACCUCAUUCAAUUCUUCUCCCUCUAUCAUCGAAUAAUCAUUCAGAUGUUGCUUCUUCUACGCUGCCAACACCGAUUACUCGUGAUUUACCAGUUUAUUCACAAGUGCCACAGUCCAUAUCGCGUGUAAAUUCACGAUUAAGUUAUCAUAAAAUUCCCAAUACUCUAACACGAGCUAAUACAGCACCUGAUUUAUGCUUAAUUAAUUCUUCUCAUGAUUUUCGAGUAGAAAAUGAACGAAUUUAUGUCAAUCAACAGAUUUGUCAACCAUUAAAAGAUGAAGUCGAUGAACCACAUCAAUAUGCUUCGAUCGAUUUCGAUGAAUCAUCUACUCCCGUUUCAAAUGAAGAAGAACGAAUCUACACUGCCCUAUACGAUUUUGAUAGUACAAUUGAUUGUGUUCUUUCUCUGCGUGUUGGUGAGCAAUUAAAAAUUUUAAAAUGUUCCGAUGACGAUAAAAAUGAAGAAUGGUGGUAUGUCGAAAAGCUCAAUGAUUCAAAACAACGAGGCUAUGUGCCGGCAAAUUAUAUUCAAUCUGUUGAACAAAUUUAA